CACACGGGGGCGCUGUGAUCAGGGUUCACACACUUUAAAUAUCUGGGCUCAAACUGCGCCCCGCGUCUUUAACUCACCUCGUCCUUCACGGAGACACGACGCUGCUGCACCAUGAGGCCCGUUUUGGAGAUUGAACGCUAUGAGCUGAACAUAACCAGCAACAAAGUGAACCACCACACGGAGCAGUUCCCGGAGGAGCGCCUGGUCGUCAGGAGAGGACAGCCCUUCUGUUUGACCCUGUAUCUGAAGCCGAGCGGGGCAAAGUUUAAACCCGGACACAGCACUUUCAUCAUCACUGUCCAGACUGGCCCACUGCCCAGGAAAGAGUCAGACACAGAGGUGAGCUUCAGCCUGUCCCAGACCUCUGUGGACGGGUCGGGGGACAGCUCCUGGGCCGCCUCUGCCGUCCUUGGUCCCUCUGGAGGAGACAGCGUCCUCCUGACCGUGCGCCCGUCCGCCGAAGCUCCCGUCGGGGUCUACUCCCUCAGACUGGACCAGGACGGAACCAAGACCGACCUGGGAGACUUCAUCCUCCUCUUCAACCCGUGGUGCCCGCGAGAUGCCGUGUACAUGAAUAAUAAGUCCAAGAGGACUGAGUACGUCCUGUCCCAGCACGGCCUCAUCUACAGGGGGACUCCCAAACGAAUCAUGCCCCUUCCCUGGAACUACGGACAGUUUGAAGAGGGAAUCCUGGACAUCUGCCUGAAGAUUCUGGACGACAAUCCAAAGUUUGUGUCUGACGCUGACCAAGACUGUUCUGCGAGGAGGAGCCCGGUCUACGUGACCCGGGUCCUGAGCGCUAUGAUCAACAGCCAGGACGACCGCGGGGUGCUGGUGGGGAACUGGGGGGAGAUCACAGACGGAGUGCACCCAGGAAAGUGGGUGGGGUCUGGGGACAUCCUGAGGAAAUGGGCGGAGUCUGGACCGGUGCGUUACGGGCAGUGCUGGGUGUUUGCGGCCGUGGCGUGUACAGUGUCCAGGGCUUUGGGCAUUCCCUGUAGAGUGGUCACCAACUUUGGCUCCGCCCACGACGCGAACGCCAACCUCCUGAUCGAGAAGCUGUACAGCGAAGACCUGGAGAACCUGUCUGACGACUCCAUCUGGAACUUCCAUGUUUGGGUGGACAGCUGGAUGUCCAGACCUGACCUGGGGCCUGAGUACAGCGGGUGGCAGGCCAGUGACCCCACCCCCCAGGAGACCAGUGAGGGGAUCUUCUGCUGUGGACCUGCCUCGGUGAAGGCCAUCAAAGAGGGAGAGCUCACCAAGAAAUAUGACGCUCCCUUUAUAUUCGCUGAGGUGAAUGCAGACGUGGUGGAGAUGAUCCAGCUGCCCAACGGGAAAGUGGUGGAGAUGAGCAGCUCCACCAAGUCUGUGGGACAAUGUAUCAGCACCAAAGCCGUAGGCUGCGACGAGAGGAACGACAUCACCCACAAGUACAAGUACGCAGAAGGAUCUGAGGAGGAGAGGAGAGUCUUUGAAAAAGCUCAGCAUCGAAACAAGCUGCAGAAGAAAGGACUGGAGCCAGGGCUGCACCUCAAGAUUAAGCUGGUGGAGGGGAUGGUGGUGGGCUCAGACUUUGAGAUCUUCGCUCUGCUCUCAAACCACUCCAUGAAGGCCAGGAGCUGCAGCGUCAUGUUCUCCGCUCUGAGCGUCUCCUACAACGGAAAACUGGGAGACAGCUGUGGAUUCAGCUCUCAGAAGGUGGACAUCGAGCCUGGACAAGAGCUGCGUGUUCCUCUGAAGUUGGAGUAUCAGAGCUACGGUUCGGCCCUGACCUCAGACAGACUCAUCCAGGUGUCUGCUCUGUCUGUGGACAAACAGACCAUGGACUUCUGUAAAGCCCAGAAGACCAUCGUACUGGACGAGCCGCACAUAAACAUACAGGUGAAAGGGGAAGUGUGUGUGAACUGUUCGUCCUGUGUGGAUCUGACCCUGACCAACCCUUUACCCGAGUCUCUGCACAAGUGCAGCUUCACCGCGGAGGGGGCGGGGCUAACUGGGACUCAGCCAGUCACAGUCCAGGUGGGAGAUGUUGGAGCCAAAGAAGAGGCCACGGCUCGGGUUGAGUUCACUCCGUCCACAGUCGGCUCCACCGUCCUCCUGGUGAACUUCGACAGCAAAGAACUCAGGAACAUCAAGAACUUCAUCAGCGUCAAGGUGAAGAAGCAGCAGACCACAGCCAACAUCUGAGACAAUCCAUCUUCUGGGGAUUUUAAGAGCAUAAAACAUUUAUUUUUUUCUAAUCAUGACUUUGCUUGAUGAGGUGGAACCUGUACUUAUGUCCGGAAGUUCAAAUUUAAGCCAGAAACUGCUUGCUUCCAUGGAGAUGCUGUUUGCUUUGCUACCUGGAAUGUUCCACAGUAUAGCAUUAAACUUCUAUAUCUCCAUGGAAACAAGCAGUUGGCACCACCAGGCCAAGUUACAGGUCCAAAAAAUUAUACAUUUUAACGUAUAAAGUGAAUUUUAGUUCCACAAAAAUAACAUUGACGGUCUAAUUUGGACUUGAUUUCAUUUUUGUAUUUGUGAAAAGGAAAGCGACUACCUUACUGUACGCAAUGAUUUACGAGUUUAUUUCUAUGUAAACAAACAAAAGGUUAAAAAAUAUGCUUUCUAAAUUAUUAUUUUUUUUGUGUAUUUGAGUAAAAUUACUGCAGUCUUGCCCCAGUACAGAUCUAUUGUACAAGCAGCUCUUUAGGUCAGAGUAAGUCUGUAUAAGUGCACUGUCUGUAAUUAAUUAUAAAGUGUUUUAUUGUCACAAAAUCAGGAAGUGUGUUGUUAGCAUACUAGUUGCUAUUAGAUUUUCUCUCGAGGCAAAACUCUUUGAAAAGCACUUAUAAUUGUGGUGAAUAAUUAUGAUGCUGUGAAUGCAAAAGGUCAGUGAGGAAUGACUUUGGACCACUUCAAACUGUUAAAAUGAAUUACCGUAUUUUCUGCACUAUAGGGCGCUCUGGAUUAUAAGGCGCGCUGUCAUCGAAUGGUCUAUUUUUGAACUUUUUUCACAUAUAAACCGCACCGGACUGUAAGGCGCAUUAAACGAAACAGUUAGAUAAAUCAGUCAAACUUUAUUUAACGCGUUCACAAAAACUCUUAACUUUGUUCAAUUGUAACGCGUAAAAAAAAAAAUACUGUAUUCACAAUAACUCAUAAUUGUUGAAACAGUUGGGUGAUUCCGGCAUCCAGCACAUCCACAUCCCUCUCGUCAUUAUCUGAGUCAGUGUGGUUACUGUUUCCUGGCAGUUCAGUGAUGAUUCUGGUCUUGGUGAAAGUUCGGACCACAGUUGAUACUGAUCCUUAGCCCGGGCGUCCACAAUCCGUUGGCAGAUCGUGCCUCGGCGCUGUCUCUCUGUCUUGGUGAAUGUGUGUUCUCCUUCUCUCAUCCACUGCUCCCACGCAGCUCGCACUUUCACUUUAUAACAGCCUUGAGUUUAAAGUGGGUGUUGUGAGCGUGUCUCUUGACAGGAGCAUUUUGAUAUUAAAAGGAAUCACAGUAUGUAUUACUCCUGAUGCUCCUGAGGACGGGAGCCGUAAUGCUGCAAGUGGUGCGGCUUUGUAGUUUACUAAAGUCAUACUAAGAUGCCCCAAUAAAUUCUUAAAUAUUAUUUUUUAUAGUUGUUAUAUAUAUAUAUAUAUAUAUAUAUAGUCAGUACAGUCUUUUUUUAUUACAUUUAAAGUGCACUCUAUAAUGCAGAAAAUACGGUAGUUCUGUGCAUUUAAAAAAGCCACCAGAUUUUUUUUUUUUUUUAUCGUAUUAAAAUAAAAAAGGGGGACAUUAUUAUAAAGUGGGAGUCUUUGUUUUGGACGGGUGUAGAGUGCACAGUUGUGAAAUUUGUGUGGAGAAAGAAAGAGCCCUAAAUGUAAGUGGAUUUAUGAAAUAAUUUGACAUGAUAGCCAGACAUUUAUUUUCUGUGUUUGUGUUUUCAUAUUAUACAAAAUGUUGUCUCCCACUUGGGUCUAUGUACUAUUCGAUUUUUUGAAUUUCAGUUAAGAACAAAUACAAUAAAACGGGAAAACAUUUUAUUUCAUUUUAUUCCAUUUUAGUGUCAAACAAGAACAGAUUUCGACAUCUAUUUCAUUUCCAAUAUUUAAUUUAAAAUUUAUUUCAAAUUACACCAAUCAAAAAACAGUUUCGUGCUUGUUUUAAUUUUGAUAUUUUAUUCUCUUUGGUUUAUUUGCCUCAGAAAUUCUUCUGCUAGAAGGACUCACCUGAAAAAUCGUUGCAAUUUUGUUUUAGAAAGUCACUGUUGAACUCAUUGACGAAAAACGGGAAGCAGCGAUAAACUCUCCUUUGUUCAGUGGAUGCCAUGGAUCUAUAAUAAAAAGUAAAUAAAAACUAAAUAUUUUAUUACAGUUCUGCGGUUGACACUGAAUUCACAUUGAACUUCCGGGGCAAAUAAACCAGAGAGAAUAAAAUAUCAAAUUAAAAAAGGCACUGAGACUGUUUUUUGACUGGUGUUAUAUAGAAUAAACUUUAAAUUAAACAUCUGAAAUGAAAUAGAGGUUGAAAUCUGUUUUGUUUGACACUAAAAUGGAAAAAUUAAAUAAACUGUUUUCUCAUUUUAUUAUUUUUCAUUCUUAAUUGAAAUUUAAAAGAACAAAUGAUCCAUGGACCCACUUGUACUGUGAUUAUAAUGUCCACCUUUCAUUUGUAACUUAACUUAUUAACAUAUAAUUAUAACUAAUACGUUUUUUUUUAGAACUAAAUCAAGAACUAAUAUAAACUCAUAAUAAAUAACUCCAAAUAUUGA